UCCCCCUCUCGCGUCCCGAGACUGCACGCUCACAUGCAACGAGAGCCAGACCGGCCGGCUGGCACUCAGUCGCCUUUAGCGCCGUGCAUCUCCGAGUCAGUCAGUCAGUCAGUCAGUCAUUGAGUCAGUCAGUCGGUGAAUCGGGUCGCUCGAGUACGCGCGAAAGAAUAGUUAAGCAACCGGUCGCGCGAUCGAUCACGAACGAACCAAAGAAGUGCAGUGAGCAACCAUACCAAAUCGAUACCAAAAGAAGGAGUUCAGCUCGAGCGAGGGAGGGCAGGACAAGGUGGAAGGCAGGACUUCUUUCGCGAGAGAUGACGCGGUGCGGACGGGGCGAGGAUUCCGUCUGAAAAGAAACGAAAAAAGGUCGAGCCACGCAGGGUGGUGUGUCACGGGGGGGUGGUGGUGGUGUGCGUGUGUGUGAAAAGGUCGGCAAAAUAAAUCGGUCCACGGUGACGAGUGAAAGUAGAUCGGGCAGGCAGCCGGGCAAGAUGAUGAAGAAGGAGAAGCCGAUGAUGUCGGUGACGGCCAUCAUCCAGGGGACUCAGGCCGUCACUCAGCAUUGGGCACGUGGUAACUGGCUGAGUUUAGAUAACAGCAAUAUGUCGAUGUCAUCGGUGGGUCCGCAGAGUCCUCUCGACUUGAAGCCCGACACAGCCCUUAUCAACGCAGGGAACUUCAGCCCGUCGGGUCCUAACAGCCCAGGACCCUUCAAUGCUGGUUGUCACAGCAACCUCCUGAGUACAUCGCCCAACGGCCAGAGCAAAACGGUCACGCCUUAUCCGCCUAAUCACCCCUUGUCGGGCAGCAAACAUCUGUGUUCGAUCUGCGGCGACCGAGCGAGUGGCAAACACUACGGCGUUUACAGUUGCGAGGGAUGCAAGGGGUUUUUCAAAAGGACUGUACGUAAGGAUCUGUCGUAUGCCUGCCGCGAGGAGAAAUCCUGCAUCAUCGAUAAACGACAGAGAAAUCGCUGCCAGUACUGCCGGUACCAGAAGUGCCUGGCCAUGGGGAUGAAAAGGGAAGCAGUACAAGAGGAACGUCAACGCACCAAGGAGCGGGAUCAGAGCGAGGUGGAGAGCACGAGCAGUUUGCACGCGGAUAUGCCGAUCGAGCGCAUCCUUGAGGCGGAGAAAUGGAUCGAGUAUAAGAUUGAACAGGGAAAUUAUGAGACCGCAGUGCACCUUUGCAACGCCACGAAACAGCAGCUCUACCAGUUAGUGACAUGGGCGAAGCGCAUCCCGCAUUUUACGUCGUUACCGGUGACGGAUCAGGUACACCUGCUCAAUGCUGGCUGGAACGAACUGCUAAUAGCCGCCUUCUCCCACCGUUCUAUUGAUACGGAGGGUAGUAUCAUUCUGACAACAGGCACCGCGGUGCAUCGACAUUCGGCGCAACAGGCGGGUGUGGUCACAAUUUUCGAUCGCGUAAUCUCGGAACUAGUAUCGAAGAUGCGCGAAAUGAAAGUAGAUAAAACUGAACUCGGAUGUCUUAGAUCCAUUAUUCUCUUCAAUCCUGACGUGCGAGGCAUCAAGUCCAUCCAAGAAGUCGGUCUGUUGCGCGAGAAGAUUUACGCCGCUCUGGAAGAAUACACCCGCGUGAGUUGUCCGAAUGACCCUGGUAGAUUCGCCAAGUUGCUGCUUCGCCUACCAUCCAUCCGUUCAAUCGGUCUCAAGUCGGCCGAGCACCAGUUCUUUUACAAAUUAAUCGGCGAAGUGAGUGUCGAAAACUUCUUUGCGGAAAUGUUGGAAACACCGUCGGAUCUUUAGGAGCAGAAGGUGUGCCGCGUUUUGGGGCACACCGAUUUGUAAAAAAGUAAAGAAAAGGACAUAAGAGGACGUCGAAGAAGAAGACGAUGACGACGAAAGAGGAUAGGACCCGCAUUCGAGUCGAGUUUCGCAUUCGAGAUGCAACGAUUUCUGUACUGUGCCGCCUUUUCUCGUAUCGCAGUAUAGACUAUCCGUGUGUCGAGCGAGGUGGAAUUUACUUACUUCUCUUUAUCGCCAUCCCUAUCUCCUCCCUUCCUUCUUUCCAGUUUUUCCCCUCGCCCUGUUAUUUAUGUUUUUGUUAGAGCUAGCGACUCUUAUGUCCAGCGUAAGGAGGCGGUUUUACUGGCCGACGACGCGCAACGCACGUACAGAAAGAUAGUGAUGUAGUGCUAUGACGAUAGUAAGUGCGUGUAUACACGUUUACGUUUUGUAUGGCUUGUAUACACGUACAUUUGAGCACAAUUUGAAUAUGGUAGAUAACUACGAUCUGCAUAAUACAAACUUCGAUGUUGUCGAUCGGUAAUUAGUUAAUUUC